UGCACCGGUCGAUUUCAUAUCAAGUUUGGUUAAAGCUGGGGUGAACAUCACACACUGGGCGCCCUCUGAAGCUUCCCACAAUGCUUUUAUGAACGAGAUAUCACAGCAGCAGCGAGCAGCACUGUAUAUAGAGGAGUACGCAGCGGCACCGUGUGCACCGGCUCCCCGAGAACAAUCAUCGUGCGUCAACUUAAAAAAUAUAUAUAACCUCGUGCGUUAAACAUCUUAUUUUUCUUUGUGGAGACGACAAUCUUUGGACCGCACACUUUUCAUGGAUGUUCUUGGAUAAUCUCUCAUUGAUUUACGCGGAUAGCUGCUCAACAGUCUUGCAUGGUGCACAUCGGUCCAGGAAUGGCGCGAUAAAGUGAUCAGAGGAAUCAGUCCAAGUACAUUCACCUCUUGUGUAGCCGUCUCGUCAUGUAUUCUCCGAUUUGUCUUACUCAGGAUGAAUUUCAUCCCUUCAUCGAGGCACUUCUCCCUCACGUCCGUGCCAUCGCCUACACCUGGUUCAACCUCCAGGCCAGAAAACGCAAGUACUUCAAGAAGCACGAGAAGCGGAUGUCCAAGGACGAGGAGCGCGCGGUGAAGGACGAGCUUCUGGGCGAGAAGCCCGAGGUGAAACAGAAAUGGGCGUCCAGGCUGCUGGCCAAGCUGCGUAAGGACAUUCGGCAGGAGUACCGGGAGGACUUUGUCCUCAGUGUGACGGGCAAGAAGCACCCGUGCUGUGUGCUGUCCAACCCAGACCAGAAGGGCAAGAUCCGCCGAAUCGACUGUUUGAGGCAGGCCGACAAAGUCUGGCGUCUGGACCUGGUGAUGGUCAUCCUCUUCAAAGGCAUCCCUCUGGAAAGUACAGACGGGGAGCGCCUCGUCAAGUCUCAACAUUGCACCAACCCCGCACUUUGUGUCCAGCCGCACCACAUUACAGUAUCGGUCAAGGAGCUGGACUUGUUUCUAGCAUACUAUGUCCAGGACCAAGACUCGCAGCAGUCAGGAAGUCCCAGUAACAAUGAGCAAGGCAAGAACCCUCUUCCAGUCUACUUGGAGGACAGCUUCAUCAAAUCAGGAGUCUUCAGUGUUGCAGAGCUGGUGCGAGUGUCCAGAAUGCCCAUCAUCCACGGCGCUGCAGUGAACUUCUCUAUGACUGACAUGCCCAGCCAGCCCUACUACCACGACCUGAACUCCAGUGUGGGGCUGCACCGCUCCCUGUCCUCCCCGCCCGGCAGCAAAAGGCCCAAAACGGUGAACAUGGAUGAGAACAUGGACACGAGCCCGACGGGACCCGACUUCUACUCGUCACCCAGCUCGCCAGCCAGCAGUCGGGCCAACUGGCACGAUAGAGACGGAGCAGACAUGUCCUCUCCCACCAUGAAGAAGCCAGAGAAGCCGCUGUUCAGCCCCACCUCCCCGCAGGACUCCUCGCCACGACUCAGCACUUUCCCUCAGCCUCAUCACCCCGGCCUUACAGGUGUAGGACACAGUGUUAUAUCGACGAGGAGCCCCCCUCCACACUCGCCCCUGCAGUUCUCGGCCUCGGCGAUCCUGCCCCCGGCGCCAUCGCCCUACUUCUCGCACACCACCAUCCGCUACCCGCCCCACCUCAACCCCGCCGAUCCCCUGAAGAGCUACGUGCCGUCAUACGACCCGUCCAGCCCGCAGAGCAGCCAGCCUAACAGCAGCGGUCAGGUGGGGAAAGUCCCGGGACACUUCACCCCGGUCCUGGCUCCCUCCCCGCACCAUGGUGCCGUGAGACCCGUCUCCCUCUCCAUGCCGGACACCAAGCCCAUCACCACAUCGACAGAAGGCUACUCAGCCCCUGGCACCCCGACGGCUAACCGUUUUGUCGGCCUGAGCCCCAGAGACCCCGCCUUCCUCCACCAGCAACAGCUGAGGAAGUGUGACUGGAGCGUGACUCAAAACGGCAGGCAUUAUGGCCCCAGUGCCACUGACGACACUUUGGGGAUUACUUGGCAAAGUCCUGGUACCUGGGCGAGCUUAGUUCCAUUCCAAGUGUCGAACGGGACUCCGAUUCUGCCAACAAAUGUCCACCAGAACUACAGCAUAAACAUCAUUGGUGAGCCGCUGGUCCCCGCUGAGACAGGGAACUGAACACAGAGGCCCCCCCAGGGUGGAUGCUUGGCCGGGGGUGUUGGUGGUGCACAGCCAGCACUACAGGUGUCCGCAGCCAUGGAUGAAACCAGCAAAGCAGCACGAGCUGCACAAUCGUCCCCUAACUCCCAAUCUCUCCCCUUUCAUGCCCCCACCCACUCCCCCUUUAAAGGACAUUGGCCGUGAAGUGAAAGGGUUGUUUCGGAGGAAAGAAAAGCUUCAGGUCUAUCAUGUCCCCCCCCCCCCCCCCCAACCUCCACCCACCAGUCAGUCGUUGUGUUGGCAGAACUUCCCAAUCCAUUCAAAUACUGUGAUGUAUAGAUGCCUUAAUGUUUUAUUGCAUGACACUCUAGUCUCUUAGCGGUAAUUUCUACUAUUUUUCCAUGCUGGGGGAGGAAGUAAAAUCUUGAUUUACACACACAUACAAGUGAAGAGGUCUGCGCAUCGACAACCCCUGCCUGGUGGAUGGCUCUGAGACUCUAAGCUCUCCGAUCAGACCUCUUGAAAAGAGGCUUCCCCGCGUCAAACGAUUCACUGUGUACACCAUAGGAACAAAAAAUUGUGAAUUCAGAGUUUCUUCUUCUUCCGUUUGAUUUCAGUUUACUGUGAUACGACUCUCUGUUCAGAAAAAUGUGUUGACUUUGUUUAUUCUUUACUGCUACUUACUUUAAGAAUUAACGAGAAUACUUACGGUAAGAGUUAAGAACUCUUGAUGCGGUUUUAAAAAAACACUAAAUGUUUGGCUUGAGAUUGGACCCCUCAUUAAAGAAUUUGCAACUCCUUUACAAAAGGACUUAAAGACGGACAAUAUGAAAAUCGCGAUAGAGGCAAGUGCAAUUGAAUUUUUUGAAGGGAAGCUAUCAGUCUGUCAGCCCUAAGACUCUAAAGGAAAGGGGAUAAAUAUUAAAUGGUUUUAUGGGUAAAAUGUUUAAGAAAACAUUUGAAUUUGAUUUCACUCACAUAUCCGUCUCAGAAAAACAUCGAGCGUGAAAGGCAGUCGAAGGCAAGCACUGAGCUACCGGUGCAGCGCUGAGCAAAAACAGCUCGUUUUUGAGCCCUCCCCAUCGAUAUGGGAAUUACCUUUUAUUUAUUUUGGGGAAAAAAUAACUGAACAUAAGUAAUGAGACACACAAAGUGUGUGAAAAUGGCAUUUCAUUGUUUUUUAAAUGUUCACGAUAAGAUCAAGAGCGUAUGCAUUUGGCCAUCAGCUUCUAAAGCUUAUGUUUACAAAAAAUAUAUGGAAUGCAAAGUGUUAAUCCAUGGAAAUGUACAAUUCAUGCAAAUGUACAGCAGGCUUAUGUGUAAAGCUACAGUUUGUGCAAGGUUAACUCCGCAGCGGAAGAGGUUUAAAACUGAAAGAUGAAUCCAGGUGGUGGCAAAUCCCUGAAAUCUAGAAUUGUGCACGGCAUGUUCACAGCCAUUGCCUCUCCAGUCCAGACAUAUUUAUACAAGGAAAAAUCUCUCCAAUACUCUUAAUUUGCACGAUGACAUAUAGUCCACAUUACGUGCCUUGCCUUUGAAUAUAGAGACAUCACUACACUUGUUUUUGCUGCAUUUAUCAUUAUAGAAAAAAUUAACAUUUUUAUGAUAAGAAUUGUUUUGUACUCUGAAUGAAAUUGUUGAUUUUUAACUUCAUGUACUACUCUAUCUCACAGUUACAUUGCAUAUCAAGGCUGUGUAUAGUUGCCGUUUUAAAGUUUGUAAUCAACCAGCAUUUUUUUUUCUCAGUAUUUUGGUGGUUUUUCUAAUAACCUGUCAUUUUUUUGUUUUCCUUAUUUUUCGAUGCUCAUUUUGUUCAUCUUCCAAUUACUAUUGUGGAGGGUGGAAUUCAGAAUUAUGAAAAUUAUGCAAUACCAAGUUUUGCCUAUGUAGGUAGUGCUUAUAGAUGCGUCAAUUAUUAGAGGCUAGUUUGGAGAUAGACAAUAUUGUAAUGCAUUUAUUUUGUUGAUAUCGUUGUUUGUCGUUGUUGUUGUUGUUGAUGAUGUUGUUGUUGUGGGUGUUUUUCCUUUUUUAUUGACCAAAGUGGGGACUGCUUUCUAUGCAGUGUAUGACAAAGGUCUUUUUUUUCUUUCUUUAGCAUUUAGGCCUACCGAACGACGGUGAAACGUGUUCAGUGUAUUUUGAAUUUGGGAGUUUUAGAGGGAAGGGCGGUAUUUUUCUAGAAGUACUUUAAAAAAAAAGUGCACCCUUGGUCUUUAUACGGCUGCAAAGUCACUGAUUGGUCUACUGUGACUCUUACUUUUAACUUUCCACCUGGGGUGCUAGCAUGUGACCUUGAAGGAGCUCAUUUUUCACAGGAGAGACGGCUUGACUUGAGUAUGACAAUCAUUUUAAGAAAUCAUUUUGCGUCGAACCCCAUCCUCUCACAGAUCCCUUAAAGCUGCAACUGACGACGGAUACUGUUGCACGCUUGUAUCGAGUACUACGCCGUACUCUUUUAGACGUCACCUGAAUGCAAUUCCCAAGUAGAUGCCUUAAACACAUCAGUGAAGUGGCCUGUGACCUGCGCAACAAUCACACACCGACUAUUGCUAGUGAGACCUGUCUAAAUCAGUUCCAGGCGGGCUCGAGCAAGCCUUUAGAAAGUAUUUUAUAAGUAGUAGAUUUGUAUAAAUGUAUAUACGAUAUGCACAUAUGUGAAUUCCUGAGAUACUUCCCCAGCAGUGAGCCCAGUAGAAGUAAAUAUUGGAAGCACAGAAGCAUGGUGUUUUCUGAUUUCAUGUCAUGUGGCCCCGUAGAAGCUUAAAUAGAAUCCACUAGAAGAAAAGAAUAGCACUUAUCCAGCACAUAGGCAAUCUUCUACUCCCCCGUACAGUGUUUUGAAACCUAGUCUUAAACUAAACUCUCAGGCGUAAUACAGGGCAUUAUUUAUAUCAAUCAUAAUCUUACCAUUUUCAGCUCGUAAAAAAAAAAGAGAGCAGCGUUUCGAUGCUGCUAUGACACCUUUUGCACUCUUUCCUAACAAUCGUGAAAGAAACGUUCCCCUCAGACCGGCCGGGGCUCUCCGGCAGUCGUAAGCAGAGGGCUAAGAAGCAGAAAUCGUUUUUAAAAAUAAUCCUCAAGUCAAGCUCAAUCUCUCCGUCUUCACCCAGAUUUCUUAUGCAGAAAAUGUUUUAAAAGUCGCCCCGUUCUACGUGCACUGUUCUGUCUUUUUUUUGUUGUUGUUUUAUUCUUUUAAUUUAGAAGAAAAACUAUAAGUGCUUUGCAGCCUUUGGCCAUUGGAGACCCCACUGACGUGCAUUGUCCCCAGUUGUGUUUAUGAGUGGGUGGGUGGGUGUGUGUGUGUGUGAGUGUGUGUGAUGAAAUGUGUCAGGGUCACUGUGCUGUUGGUGUUUAUUUGAAUAGGAGACUGUACAUAAAGGUAAAUAUCCUGAUUGCGUCGAUAGCAGUAGUCUGUGGGGUUGAACUCUGCUUUGGCAGCUUGAGUGUGUGUGUGUGUGUGUGUGUGUGUGUGUGUGUGUGUGUGUGUGUGUGUGUGUGUGUGUGUGUGUGUGUGUGUGUGUGUGUGUGUGUGUGUGUGUGUGUGAGAGAGCUGGAUUUGUGAUAGAGUGCCUCUGACACUACACAAUGAGAGAAGAUGAGGGUCUUUCUAUUGAAAAAAAAAAAAGCCUGCCAUAGGACAGGAGUUUGUACACUGUAAACUUUCUCGAGAGUUCUCCUCUUUAAGCCCUUAUUUGUAAAUCUUCAAUUCUGGGGGAAAAUGUGUCAAUUCCAUUUUAGGAACAAAAUUUAAUUUGGUAUUUGUUUUGGAGGCUGGAUUUGAGUUAGAACUCUCCAGGUUUUCCAGAUUAGUAGAAUCUAAAGUGUUGUAUUCCUGUAUGUAAAGUAAAAAACGGGGGGAAAUAUUCUAUACAGAUCCAUAAAUAUAAAAAAAGACAACAAUGAAGGCUUUUUCUUAUUAAUAUUAUUAUUUCUGAUCUUGGUUAGUGCUUAGAUAUUUACAUUUGGGAAACACUUCAUGGAUAUUUGAAUUGUUGUUCUUUGAUUAGUGUGGCCAUAGCGAGUGUGAUGUGAUUUAUCUCAUUUUUUUUGCAAAUGGGUGUGAAUUCUUGUCCAACAAGAUCUUGGUGUGACUGUGUUUCUUGUAGCAGCUGGGAGGUGGCUUCACUGAACCAGUAGAAAAAGGCCCCAGAUUGCACCUGAAGUUGAGCGAGAAGCAGGGUAAAAUCUGCAGUGACAAACGUCCUCGAUGAAUCUAUCAGAUAGUUGUUGUUUUUUUCUCAGAGGAAUGUUGCGGGACGAUUGGUGCUACAUUUGGACUCAGAUCAGAUUCGGCAGGCCCAUGUUGAGCUGUCUAGUUUGUUUGUAGGCAGACAACACUCUUUAAUAUCUCUUUUAUAAUCAGUAACUACAUCUAGGCGUCACUCAUUUUGCACAUUCCACAUGCUGUUUAUGCCUGAUGUGAUGUAAAAACACUUCAUUAAGACUACAAACCAACAUCACAUUGUACUGCGGGUGCUUCAGAAUAGGGUACUGUACCUUCCAGCUGUUAAAAGCUAAUGUAUUUGGGCAUGGUCACGUAUUUCUAUCGCUACGCAGAGUGUGGAUGUAGCCUGUCAAAAAGCUCUUGAAACUUGUUAUGAGCGUACCACCCAUUCAGAAAGAGCCAUAUCCAAGGCAGAUUUGAUAACAUUAUUUCUGAAAGUAUUAGAAACAGGACAUCUUUAUGCAAAGAGGACCUGUAGCACUCACGCAAUAUGUAUACUUUUCUUUUAACUGAAUGUCACACACUCCGCAGGGACUGAGAGGGCGUAUGCAUGCAGAGCAAACUUCAUUUUCAUCCUACACGAGCAAUACACACCUUCCAUACAUUGGCUAGCUGCUAGUCACUUGGCAUCAGGUUGUGAUCAAACAUAAAAACCAGCAUUUUUACAGGAUGUAACAUUCACCAAAAGAAGACAAAAAAGAUAGCGAUGCAGUGCCUGUUCAAGCUGUCCAAGUGUCUAUUGUAUAUAAUUGUAAAAUGUGAUAGACUUACUUUCAUAUGUGACAUGAAAAACACCCUCACAGUACAGAAUGUGGCAAACUCAUCUAGAAAUAUGCUCUUUAUUUCUCCUGAUGUUUUUUUGUUGUGGUUUAUUAAUUGUGUCACAAUGCCCACAUCAAGCUUGUUCAAAAUCUGAGAGGAAAUGUUCAUUCUUCUUUUUUCUUUUGUUUUCGGGGAGGGGGAGGUGGGGUCAGUGCUUCAAUAGAAAAGAUAAAAUAAUGUCUUUUCUCGUCACCAGUUUUUCUCUGCAGGGCUGAUUUAUUUUUGGGUCUUGUGGCACUUUUACGUCCCUCUGCGCACACAUUUUUUACCACGUGAUUCAUGGUGGAAUUAUAUAUAACGAACAACAACAACAACACCAACAAAACGAUAUGUAAACAGUCUCCAGUAGUGAUCGUAGUUACACUGCAAGUGUGUGCAAAGGUCUAUGUAUGUAUCUGAAUGUACGUUUUAGAGGACUUUUUGGAAACCUUUUUUGUUUUUUAUCUUUUCAUUGACAGUUUAGGAGCCACAGGUGUCCAUUGUGAACUGUAUAGCGAAGGCCUUGAUAUCCCUUCUUUUAUUGAUUUUAGAAACGCCGAGCAUUAGGCAAUGCCUUCAAGCUGGUUACAUUUGGUGCAGGGGCUAAAAUUGCCACAAGAUUAAAAUCAGUGUAAAUAAAGGCUCAACUUUUUGUGAUUGUUACUGUUAUAUCCAGCCUAUACUGCUAGCAGCUGUUUUUACUGCAGUCAAUUACUGGAAGUGGAUAUAUUUCCUAUGCAAAACUGUUUAAACAAUAAAAUGAGCUAUGCUACAAAAAUGA